CAAUAAUCUACAAAAUAACAAUCAUAUUCUAGUAGUUUCGUGGUGAGAGUUGAAACAUUAUCUUAGAAGGCAAGGUUGAAAGAAGACAAAGUUUUUACAGAGGCAGGUAACAAGGGUAUAAAAUGGCAGCAUUUAAGAAGUCCUAUGUUUUAUUAAGAACUUUACAAAAAAAUGGGACACCAAAUUUGAAAACCUCGUUUGUAAGUCGACGCACUCAAUCAUGUGACAGGUACAUGGCAUUAGAAAAGAAACAUUGCGCUAAUAUUUAUGAUUCUAUGAAGGUUGUCAUAUGCCGUGGACAAGGGACGAAAGUUUGGGACGUCGACGGAAAUGAAUACCUAGAUUUCCUGGCUGGUUAUGCUGCGGUAAAUACAGGGCAUUGCCAUCCUAAAAUCCUACAAUGCCUAAGAGAACAAGCUGGCACUUUAACGCAUACUUCAAGGGCCGUAUACAAUUCAGAGUUACCGCAGUUUGCCGAGUAUAUCACCCGUUAUUUUAACUAUGACAAAGUCAUACCUAUGAACACAGGAGUUGAGGGAGGAGAUACAGCAAUAAAGAUUGCAAGGAGAUGGGGCUAUUUGACAAAAGGUAUCCCUGAAAAUCAGGCAAUUGUUGUGAUGGUUACGUCAAACUUUUGGGGAAGAUCAUUAGCUGCACUUUCCUCGUCGACGAACCCAGCCGUUUAUGAGCAUUUUGGCCCUUUUAUGCCAGGCUUUGGACUCGUCCCUUUUAACAAUAUCGAAGCUUUGGAGGAGGCCUUUUGUAACCCGAAUGUAUGUGCAUUCAUGGUUGAACCGAUACUCGGAGAGGGUGGCGUGGUUGUCCCGUGUGACAGGUACUUGGCACAAGUUAGAAGCCUCUGCACAGAAAAAAAUGUCCUCUGGAUUGCAGAUGAAGUGCAAACCGGGCUGGGAAGAACUGGCCAGUUGUUGGCUGUUGACCAUGACUGUGUAAGGCCAGACAUCCUCAUUUUAGGAAAGGGCCUUGCCGGCGGCUUUCUACCUAUGUCUGCAGUGCUUGCCAAUGAUGAUGUGAUGUGUCAUAUGACACCCGGCGUCCACGGUUCUACCUUCGGUGGGAACCCACUCGCCUCAAAAGUUGCCGUCAAGACGCUGGAGGUAAUACAAGAGGAAUGCCUGGCCGAAAAUGCAAAAAAGAUGGGCGAAAGAUUCAGAGAGGACCUAGUUUGUAAAGUGCCCAAAGAUGUCGUGACCCAGAUUAGAGGAAGAGGGCUGAUGAAUGCCAUUUCAGUCAAUACAGAAUGUGGGAAAGCUUCUGAGUUUACGGCGCGAAUGAGAGCUCUCGGUCUCAUGGCCAAAGCCAACGAUGAUGUUACAAUUCGUCUUACCCCUCCAUUGACUAUAACUGAAGAGGAAAUCUGUAAAGCUGUUGAUAUUAUUGCAGAAGUGGUCCACAGCAUGAAAAAAAACUGAGCCAAAAACCAUUAUAAAAACAAGAUAAUUUUAUACCUUUUAAUGAUUUCUAUUGAUAUAUAAUAAUUUAU